AUGAGGGGAGACCCUAGCACCAGGAAUCCAAACAAGUAUUGUCAUUUCCACAAAGAAUACAGACACAAUACUAAGAACUGUUGGAACCUGAAAAUUGAAAUCGAGGACCUUAUCAAGCAAGGCUACCUAAAACGCUUCAUCAAAGAUGAGCAGACCCAAGGAACAGAAGCCAACAAGGAAGCAUCGCAGAACAGUAGGCAGCAAGAACUACCAGCUAGAACCCCACAAGCUCGAGAGAAACAGGUUAGGGGAACAAUCAACGUAAUCAUGGGGGGCUCCAUUAUAGCAGGAUGCACCUCAUCUUCUAGGAGAAACGCGGUACGCGAGCUGGAACAGGAGGAUGGCGAGCCCCACAAAUGUCUCAAAACGGAAGAACUCAUUUAUUUUACAAAUGAUGACACGCGGGGAAUCCAAUACCCACAUGAUGAUACACUGGUGGUAAAAUUGUUAAUCAAUGAUUUCAAGGUAAAAAGGAUUUUGGUAGAUUCAGGUAGCUCGACUAACAUCUUAUUCACCAAGGCCUUUAAGAGAAUGGAGUUUAGUAAGGCCGACCUACAGCUUGCUAAUAUACCUUUGGUAGGAUUCAAUGGUGAAGUAGUUCGCUUGAUUGGUAAGAUUAGGUUACCAAUUGAAGAUGGCUCUCCACCCCACACAGUUCGCCUAGAACAUGAUUUCUUAGUAGUAGUAGCAUCAUCGCCUUAUAAUGCGAUCUUGGGACGACAAAUUCUACAUGCAUUGCGAGUUGUAGUAUCCACAUACCACUUAGCAUUAAAAUUUCCAACAAACACUGGAGUGGGAGUGCUACAUGCUGAUCAGCUAGAAUCUCGAAAGUGCUACAUGGCAUCAUUGAAAGCUAAAGGGAAGAUGAUAGUCGACAUCGACUUGGACCCACCACCAGAAAACAUUGAGGAAAGAGCUCGCCCAAUCGAAGACACGGUAGCAAUACAAGUCUCCAAAACCGACCCAGAGAAAGUGCUACGGAUAGGAGUUCACCUAAAAGCUCCCCAAUGA